AUGAAUGGAAGGUAUGCUCGGCAGUCGGGGUGUUUUCGUGGUAAACGUCCACGUGAAAUCACAACGCAGAAGCUUUUCAACCGUGCCAUCGAGCAUUUUCAGUCGAUUUAUAAUGACUCUGUGGAACGCCACGAACGCGAGACCUUCGCUUCCCGUGCAGUAUUUGAAAAGCAAUGUGGUGUGGACCGCGAGCACUUUAACAGGGCGCAUGGAAGUUUGGCGAAACAUGGCAAGGGGAAAGACUUCGCACUCGUUUUAGAGCAGUUUGAAAACGAGGAAGCGAAAUUGCAGAGGGAGCACGAAGAAGAACUUCAGCGGGUGUAUCCCCUUGCCUUUUUGGAGCUUGACACAGCCGCUGUCCUUUCCCUGACACUGAUUCCUAGGCUAAAGAGCAAACUCGACUUACUGGAGAGGCAGCUCACUCAGCGGCGCAAAUUCACCAAUCAACAUCAAGGCGAUGCCGCGGCGAGAGGAAGUCACUCUCGAGAUGUUGACCCUCCUGUGGACGCAAAGGAGUCGGACGACAAAAACGGUGCGGAUGGCGUCCCGUCUGAACUGAAUGAUGCGAAGACUGGAAUCGAAGAGGAUGAUGUCGGAACCUUGUGUGUUGGAAGAGGCGCGUACAUUACGGGUGAUGAGCCCAGUGAAGUGGAAGAGUCAGAUUCUAGCGCGUUGGUUCAGGUUUUAGAUACUAGCGUUGAAGAUGGGAAGGUAGGCACUGGUACUGGAGGGGGGUUUCGUAAUCAUGUGCACCGAUUGGUCUCAAGAGGAUUGGGUAACAUUUUGUCCAUCCCAACAGACGUCAUGCGAGCUGGCGCUGCCGAUUUUGCCCGUAUUGGCUUACUCCUCAACACUGAGAGCCGCAGGCAACGGCGCGAUGAAAGGAGGAAAUUUCUUCGCAGCCACAUGGAAGUUUGUGGUCCCGAGGGGAAGACCAUCGGGAAAUGGGAGCUGAAGCGCCUCCUCCAGGAAGGAAAAGAAGAUAAAUUGAAGCAGGAAGAAAUUUUUGCAGCGCUGGAGGCGGCGAAAACUAUGCCGGAAUUUACCGGAAGUGAUAUGAAUGCCAAUAUAGUUGAAAGCAUGGAGAACGAUGGGGCUCCACGUAAAACUGCUGGUGCUUCAACUGCAUCACGCGAAACAGGGGACACAACCGCGUCGGAAACGGUUGUAAAGCGCCAUACCAAAAUCGUCCUUCGGGGAAACGGUUCACGACGGGACGAUGGUGUUCCAUUUACCAGAAAGGACUUUGAAUGGACUAGUCUGGGCCUUGACGACGAGAGUAUAGGUGAGGGCUCUCGUAUGGAGAAGUUGGCGGAGUCGUACAUGUGGCCGAAGCGAACUGAGGACCGUAUUCCUCACAUUUUGUGUGGUGAGGUCAUACCCACGUAUUUUCGUGUGAGGCAGUAUCAAUUAGACACUUCUUCACCCACCACCGCGACCGUGCAAAUGAGUGCCACCGGAGAGGAUGGCUGUCCCUCUACUCUGUUGGAUGAUCUCGCAGAGGCGACCCAACUUGAUCCAGUGCGAGAAGGGAUGUCUAAUGGAGAGAAAGGAGUAGUUACAAAAAAGUCCCCGUUAGUGUUUCGAAUUCCGUUUCGCGCGAAAAGUGUUUGGCUGAAGGUAGACACCUUGGGAGACUUUAUUGCCAGCCAGGUGAAGUUCUUCGGGGCCGUAACUUCUCGUGAAAUAUAG